AUGAGACGCAUCGUCGGCGUCUCGCAAGCCGAUGAGAACAUCGACGAGGCCAACGAGAUGCUGAUGACUUCUUCUACCAAUAGGAGGAGAGGAGGAGGAGGAUCGUCUUCGACGGCGUCGGCGACGAGUUCUUUGUCUUCUUCUCGUAAAAAUAACAUGAGUAGGGAAAAGAAGGGACGCCGCGGCAAUCAUCAUCACGAAGAGGAAGCUUUAAAAAAGGCCAAGAAGAAGACGGCGGCGGCGAAAGGAGGAUGCUGCUCGAAAAAAGCGAUAGCGACGCAAUCGACCACGGAGGAGGUGUUGCCACACGUCCUAGAGAGAGAAGAUGCGGUGAUUGUCGAAGUCGACGAGGAAGAGAUGACCACCACGACUGUUGGGGAAGACGAAGAAGACGCGUCUGGUGAGGAGGAAAAGGCGGACGCAAAAUCAUCAUCAUCAUCAUCGUUAAAGAAGACAAAGAAGACAAAGAAGAAAAAGGAAGACCACGAUUCAGACGAUUCAGACGAAAAAGAAGACAAAGACAAAGAGGAACAGAUGAUGAUCUCUCCAGAUUCUCCGUCCGUGUUCAUCGAAAUCGACGGUGACGAUGAUGGAGCGAGGAAAGGAACAGAUGACGACGAAGACGAUGAUGCGCAGUCGCAAUCGACGGCAUCGUCGUCGUCGUUUACGUCGUCUUCCUCGAAAGCUAAACGUGUUAAAAGCGAAGAAGUCGCUGUUGAUAUCGAAGAUAAAAGCGAUGAUGAAAGCGAUGGUCGAGCGAGUAGUAGCGAUGACGAUGAUGUAGAAGAUGAUAUCGAAUCUGGUCGUCGACGACGACGACGAAGAAAGAGUGAUUUGGCUAAAGUCUCGGACGACGACGACGAAAACGACUCCAAGUACAACUCGUCUUCUUCCGGUUCGUUGUCGUCGAAAUCUUCGUCCAAGAAAAAGAAGAUCAAGGAGAAGAAGAAAAAGGGCGCGAAACCUUUGUCCUCGACGAACGACGAGGAAGCGAUGAUGAACGAACGUCAACCGUUGUUGAGCAAAAAUAGCGAAGAAGAGAAGGCGAAGGAGGAAGAAGAAAAGAGGAUGAAGUCGGGCACCGGAUUUGCAAAGACGUGUAAAGCUAUCGGUGCUUUUAGCGCGUUGACCAUGACGGCCUCGGUGUGUUUCGUUGGUUACCAGGUGUAUCCAGUCGUGAGCGAUGAUUUGUCUCUCGGGAAUAUCGCGCAACACUUACAAUCGUAUUUAUUGGUUGACUUACCCAACGGAAACUUGAAGCCGGUGCUACCGGACGAAAGCGAUUUGUUACCGAUCGAUGCCGACGGUAACUUCAUCUUACCGGGUGGAAAGAACCAAACGGCCUCGUCGGCAACGCUCCCUGCCACUUCCGCGAAGAAAAAGAAAGGCGCAUCUUCAUCUCUCGAGCCUUCAGAAGAAGUUGCCGGAGACACGCACCCGGAUAUUAUGAACGAGGCAGUCAUCGGUAAAAAAGAAGACGAAGAGGACGCCGACGCCGACGGUAAAGAAGAGCAAGUAGAAAAGAAGAGCACCUUUGGAGGUUUUUUGAAGUCAAAAGCGAAGGAGGACGAAGCAACUGCUACGUCUACCUCGGACGACGCUUCCGAUGAUGCCGAAGAAGAAGAGAAGGAAGACAUCGAUGAAGAGGCUGACGAUGAUCAAGAGGAGCAAGAGGAAGAAGAAAAAGAUGAUCAAACUGAUGAAGAAAGCGAAGAUUCCGAGGAAGAUCAGCUGAAACAGGAACAAGAAGAUUCUUCGGCUAAUUAUUCCGGUAAAGAGCUCGAGAAAGGUUCCAUCUCUUCUGGAUACGCUCGAUCGAAAGAGCGUUACGCCGAAGCCGUGAAGAACUUCAAGUCUGGUAAGAUGAGCACCUCCGGUAAAAUGUACGAUCUUGGACCAUCAGAGACACCCGAAGAUGUUGAAGAAGAAGAAGAAGAAGAAGAGGAAGGAGGAGAAGAAAAAAAGGAAGAAAAAGUUAACGACGAGGAAGGAACCCGUUCAUCGGAAGAAGAUCCGAAAAGUUCCGUCAUCCCGAAAGUAAAGGCAGUGGCGAAGAUUGUCGACAAAACGAAAGAUUCAAUAUUUUCUGCGCUGGAAACGAUCGAUCACUUAGAAAAAGGGACCGAGGAAGCACCCGACGAGAAAGAAGAAGAAAAGGAAGAAGGAGAAAAAGAGGAAGCCCCUGAAGAGGAGUCGCGCGCAAAUCCGGAUGAUAUGCCUUCGCUGGAAGGAAUUUCAACCACGAGCGCAGAGAAGCGCAUGAAUGAAGACACGGCGAACGCGAAAGCGAGUGCAGAAGCGCGUAAUUUAGCUGCCACAGCAUCUGCUGCAACUUCUGCUGAUGGUGCCAUCGACACGUCUGGUGCUGCGGUUGAAACGACGAGCACUCCGAAGAUUCUCGUUUCCAAAGCGUGCGAAACAUCCGAAGAUGAGACCGCUUUAGGUCUUUAUCGGCAAGUCAACAGCAAAUGCGAAUCUACUGAAGACGGAAUCAAAGUAAUUGGGUGCAUUCCAAAGACUAAGAACUGCCAGGGGUGCUACUUAUCGGACACGCCGGCGGCAUCGCAGAAAGAUUCGCUGACGCAGUGCGCGAGCGUCGUUUGCGACUUCCACGACGUCCAAGGAUGCCAAGCUUAA